AUGCCCCCAUCCUUUGAUUAUUUAUUAAAAGCUCGCAAAGUUAUAUGUAUUGGCCGUAAUUAUGCCGCUCAUAUCAAAGAGUUAAACAACGCAACUCCAAAACAACCUUUUUUCUUUUUAAAACCUACAAGCAGUAUCAUUACGCCACCAGCCAGUACCCCAUCAAUUCCAAGUAAUACUCUAAAUUUUCCAAGGUAUCCAAUUACUGAAGAUAAUAAACUAUCCACCUUCUACAGUUUCCAUGGGUUGGAUAGCAAAACAGGUGCCAACCCGAGCCCAAUUUAUAUUCCUCAAGGUGUCACUGUUCAUCAUGAAGUGGAAUUAGCAUUGGUUGUUGAUGACUAUUUGAGCAAUAUUCCUGAAAAUGUUAAUAUUCCAAUCCAUGAUGUUAUUAGUGGUGUUUCUUUGGCCUUAGAUUUAACAGCACGCAACGUUCAAAAUGAAGCCAAAGCUAAAGGGUUGCCUUGGUCAAUUGGUAAAGGGUUUGAUACUUUUUUACCAAUUAGUGAAUUUAUUUCAAAGGAUAAAUUAUCAAAUACUGUUGAUUUUCAAAAAUCUUUUGACUUGAAAUGUUCUGUUAAUGGUCAAUUAAGACAAAAUGGAAAUACAGGAUUAAUGUUAAACAGUAUGAGUAAAAUUUUACAACAUAUUUCCAUUAUGAUUAGUUUGGAACCGGGUGAUAUUGUUUUGACUGGUACGCCAGCCGGUGUUGGUGAACUUAACCCGAAUGAUACAAUUAACGCAGAAUUGUAUCAGGAUGGUAAACUGCUAACAUCCAUGGAAUAUGAUUGUGUUCAAAAACCGGGUCCAUAUGUUUACAAAGAAACUUAA